UUCGGGAUGCGCGUGCGCAUGGACGGAGUUGAGCGGUCGCAGGGAAAGUUGGCGAAUUAACGGAAACUGGGCGCGGAGUUAAAAUAAGGGGCUGGAGAGCUUGGGACUGAAAUAUCGGCAAUUAAAACGAACUCGGGAAAAGCAGAAAUAAAUCGGGUUAGAGUCUGACGGUUCUCGGGAGGGAGCAUUCUAGAGCUUUCUUCAAAUUUCUGACCCCGGCGGAAAGAAAAUUUCCCCGAAUAUUAAAGGUCGAGAGAACUGGGAAAUGGCGGAGAGACUGAUCCUCGCUCUAAUGGCCAUCUGGGUGGCCCGGGUGACGGGUGACUGUAGCAAACCUCCACAUUUGGAAAAUGGCUCCCCAACUAAAAAAUUUACUCCCGAAACCUUGUUUGGUGUGGGUACCAAGGUUACUUAUAAGUGUGAUUUGGGUUACAUAUUCAAGAAGGGGCUGUUAAAGGAUUCAAGAUCUGUUACCUGCAAUGAAGAUUCAACAUGGACACCAUUACAGGCCAUUUGUGAACCAAGGAACUGUGGUAAUCCAGGAAAGAUACUGAAUGGAUAUUACAAAGUACCAUAUGCUACUUUUGGUAGUAUCGUUACUUUUUAUUGUGACACAGGGUACCAGAUGGUGGGUAGAAGCUUUCGAAUGUGUAAAGCUGAUGGUUGGGAUGGCCAAGUACCAACAUGUGAAGCCAUUACAUGUGGUGAUCUUCUACCUAUUAUGAAUGGGACAACUCCAUCACCACGCUAUGGAGAUCACUGGGAAUAUGGAAUGAUUGCUACGUAUUCUUGUAGUAAUGGCAAUUCAUUGAUUGGUGCAGAAAAACUUAUUUGUACAGAGACUGGAGAAUGGGAUAAUGACCCACCUACAUGCAAAGUCGUUGAAUGUCAACGUCCUGAACUGCCUGCAUACGGCAAAAUAGAGGAAGGAUUUGGACCUACAUACAAAUAUCGGGAGACGAUCAGCUACAUUUGUAAUGAAGGUUUUGAAAUGGUUGGCAAGAGUGUGAUUGAAUGUAAAGAAAACAAUAUGUUUGUACCAGCACCACCUACCUGCAAACCUGUUGAAUGUCAUCGCCCUGAAAUGCCUGCAAAUGGCAGAAUUGAGGCAGGAUUUGGACCUAGAUAUGGAUAUCAGGAGACAAUCAGCUAUGUUUGUAAUGAAGGUUUUGAAAUAGUUGGCAAGAGUGUGAUUGAAUGUAAAGAAGGCAAUAUGUUUAUACCAGGACCACCUACUUGCAAACCAAGAAAUUGUGAUAAUCCAGGAGAGAUAUUGAAUGGAUAUUAUGAGGCACCAAAUACUACUUUUGAAACUAAAGCUACUUUUUAUUGUAACACAGGAUACCGGAUGGUGGGUAGCAACUACCGGUUGUGUAAAGCUAAUGGUUGGGAUGGCCAGGUCCCAACAUGUAAAGUUGUUGAAUGUCAUCUUCCUGAACUGCCUGCCAAUGGCCGAAUAGAAUCAAGAUUCAGAUCUACAUACAAAUAUCAGGAGAACAUCAGCUACAUCUGUGAUGAAGGUUUUGAAAUGGUUGGCAAGAGUGUGAUUGAAUGUAAAGAAAACAAUACAUUUAUACCAGCGCCACCUACCUGUAGAAAAAAAAAAAAGCCUCUGAUUCGUAAAAUUGAAGAGAUCAAGCAGGAACCCCCUCCAACCAAUGAUGACGGAGAUGGCCUUGGAACUACAGGUAUUGUCAUCAGUUGUAUUAUUGGCAUUUGUGUUGGUAUUGGCGGGGCUGCUGGAUUGUCCUUUUAUAAUAAGAAAAGGCAGCGUAACAUCUGUAAGAAGGUUCACAUUAACCCUCAACCCAAUGAAAACCAAUCGGAGGUCAAUUUGAAUGAGUACCAUGAUCACCCAGUAUGAUCUUUAAUGAAGUCAAACUUAAUAUUAUAAAAGGUCAAAAUUCUGAACAGUCUUUAUUCUAGAUGUAAACAGCUGGCAAUGUUGUAUUUCAGUUAAGCCCAUAUCAGAGCAAAUGAACUGAAGCAUCUACCUUUUCUGUUUUAUUGCAAAGCAAACUUGAUGCAGCUCUCACUAUUUCAAACAGAAAAUGCUAGAAAUAUUUAGCAGCUUUGGCAACAUCUGUGAGAAAGAAACAGACGUAGCAUUUGCCAUUGACCUGAAACAUUAACUCUGUUACUCUCUCUGCAGAUGCUGCCAGAUCCACUGAAUGUUUCCAGUAAUUUCUUGUUUUAUUUCAGAUUUCUAGCAUCUUCAGAGUUUGCUUUUGUUUCACUAAUUUCGUUUAUCAAGGAUUAGUUUUCUUUUCAUAUUUUCUAUCAUUUUAGGCAAUUGCACUUUAUGUUAAUUUAGUUUUCUUUUUUGAUGCCAGUGCAGUCAGUGUUGUUCUAUAAAAAUGUCCACCGUGAGCUGUGAUUUAGAUUUGAACACUUUGUUUUUUAAAAAAAUCACAAUGAUUCUGAUUGUUUAUUCAAAUUUAUUUGUUUAAAUGUAUUUGUAUCACAUUGCUGGGAGUUGCAUUUUCGGCAUUGUGAUUAAUCCACAAGUGAGUUACUGUCACCUUUAUUUAGACUUUUGUGUGAAUUACUGAUUGGUGUGUUGAGAGAUUUAUUUUUAGUAACUUACCGUUAACUCCUUAAACAGCAAAGUAAGAUAUUUGAUUAAACUAAGCUUGAUAUUGACUUUUCUUCAAAUUUCUAUUAGAAUAUGGUACCUGUGGAGCUUCUUGAAAACAAGCAUUGAUACCUUAAUUGAAUACAGAGGAAAGGACUUUCCUCAAGUUUUAAAAUAAAUUCUUAAUUUUUUGUCACUUUAUAUGUAAUGUGUAAUCUAAAGGGAAAUUGCUUUCUUUGCCAUAUUUUUUUUAUUCAUUCAUGGGUUGUGGGUGUCGUUGGCUAGGCCAGCGUUUAUUGUCCAUCCCUAAUUGCUGUUGAUGUUUCAAUGCCUCCUGCCCCUCCCCAUUGAAGCAUACUUUUAAAAUUAGAUGCAUGGGUGUAUUUUCCAAUGAAUAAUUUGAGGAUAAGAUUACUCAUUAUAAAAAGAAUUGUUUGUUUUGUUGAAAAGUUAAUUGUGCAUUAAUAUGUACUUUUAAACAUCAGAUUUUAAGCUGAAUCAAACUGUUUUUACCCUGUAGUGUUCUUUUGGUGGUCUUGAGUCACUGUUCAAGUCUUGAUCAGAUCAGUCUUUGUACAUUAUUUUGUUAUGUUAGAAAUUUGAAGAUGAUCCGUUCAUUUAAAUGCCUGUUCUUGUGUCUGAAAUAUUUUCUGACCAUAAAUAUGGUGGAAUUUUUUAAUCUUGCAUCCUGAACCAGUUAUAUAUCACAAAAUUUAGAGCAAUAUUCUAUUUCCAUUCCAAUAUCAAAGAUAUAAUACAAAGCUAUCAAAAGUAACAGUAUUGCAUUCGAUAAUAGUACAUUGUCUUUUUAAAAUUGUUAAAAUUGUGCCUUCACUAUACCCUGCACGCCAAAUCUAUUUUGCAGCAACUCAAUAUGUACAGUUAAAGGCAAAUUAUCAGAAAUAAAUGCAAUGGCAAAAUGUGCAAUUGAAUUCAAUAAAUCUGCUAAUUCAUACCCUAACGUUAGAAUAUGACCAUGAAAGCUGCUAUAUUGUUCAUUUAAAAAAAACAAUUGGCCUACUAAUGUCAUUCAAGAAGGGGAAUCUGCCGCCUUACUUGGACUAUCUUAUACAUAAAUCCAAUACGAUUCUUAAUGCCUUCUGAAGUGGACUCUCAGACUAUUCAGUUGUGAUACAGUUUGCUUCAAGUUGGCAGUUCACCAUUACUUUCACAGAGUUACUAAGCAUAAGUAAGAAAUACCAUAUUGUCACUGUUGUCCACGUGUCAAGAACAAACAGUUUUUAAAACACUUAAGGUCAACAUUGCUUAGUUGUAAAGAAAUAAAUUAGUCUUGGUGUAACCGAGUGUGACUAUUACAUCAGUGAAUGGAACCAGUUUCAAAAUGGCUAACUUGAAAGAGGGAAAUAAAAGAAUAUCAAUUUUAA